AUGUCUCAGAUAGGCCUACAGUUGAAUACACAGCAAUAUCAUUUUUUGACUCUCUCGCUUACCUAUUUAAAACAUGCCAAAGAACUAGAAACAUUUGUUUUUCACAAAGGUGAGCCAAAGGUGGCAUUUUCAGCCUCACUCGGAAGUCCACGAAGACAUCUGGGACCAUACAACACAGAAACAACACUGGUGUAUGAGACAACGUUCAUCAACAUUGGCAAUGCCUACAACCCAAACACAGGCAUCUUUGUGACUCCAGUCAGAGGUGUGUACGUCUUUAGUUUCUCAGCUUUCCAUCACGGCACUGGAGCUUUAACAGGCAUGAGUCUGACUCGUAAUGGCCACAGAAUAGUCUCUGUCCACGAUCAGAAGUCAGGAAGCGUUGAUGACAUGGCGUUCAACAGCGCCACCUUGCUGCUGGAGGCGGGAGACCAGGUCUUCAUGCGUCUCUGGGCUAACUGCAUGCUCUACGAUGAUGGAAACAACUACAAUACCUUCGGUGGGCAUCUGAUCUAUCCCAUGUAAAGUCGUUAUUUGUACUGUAUCACUCCCAACUUCGUUUCCCCCCAAACCACAAGAUGGAGAAGAAGCACUCUGUGGGACUUGUCUUAUGAGACUUGUGUUGUGAAUACAAUAUAAAUAUUUUUAUGUAAAUAACUCUCUGUAAAUGAAAUUGACUUGAAAUCUGUUUGUGAUUUGUAUACUGUAAAAUGUCCAGAAAUAAAUUGUGUUACAUGUAGUCAUUAAA